AUGCGAUUUCUGAACAUGGUUCCUCAACAUCGUUCUCCAACACUGAUUAGUGUUGAAAAGACAAACAUCUGUCUAAUAUGUGGUGAUAAAGGAGAUUUGAAGUGCCUUGUAUAUUGCGUCCAAUGUCAAGCUUGUGCUGAGCAUAGUUAUUGUUUAGAUAAGUUCUAUACAGAAGAUGAUGGAACAAUUAUCUGGAAAUGUGAGGACUGUGCUCCAGUUGAUCCCAAAAGAUGUGGAUCUGAAGAAUUGAGAAAAAGCAAGCGCUUAACUCAUGUUGCUGAAGCUAAAUAUGUAAGGAUGAAAAUGCGAAAGGAAAGUCUUGCAGUUAGAAAACCAAAACCUGUCAGAUCAUCUGAAGGUUUUCGUGCAGAAUGCCGUAGUAAAAAUGACACUGAGAAGAGACAACCGGUCUUUGAAGGCAGUUACAUCUUUUAUAAGGAUCUUGAAUCACCUAAAGGUUCUAUAAAUAUUUCAACUGACAACCAAACAUUGGAGCAUGAGAUGUAUGUUGAUUCUGAAGCCUUAACGAUUAAACACCAGAGUUAUCAAGAAUUUGACAAACAUAGCCGUGCUCACCCACUUAGUGAUCCAGUUUGGACGGGGCAAUUUAUAUUCAACAGUGCAACAGAUUUUGGUCUUGUUGCUUAUGCGUCAAGCGAAGCUUGCUCAAAAGUGAUUUUGGCAGUAACAGAGCUUCCUACCCAGCUGGAUGUAGAGAUGUUAUCCAGGUGUGCUAUUUGGCCCAAGAGUUUUGACAUGUCUCCUCCUAACGGUGAUAGUAUUGGUCUCUAUUUUUUUCCCCAGUAUGAAAGGUAUGCUUUAUCCAUUGAUUAUAUUCUUCAUUAUCACUGA